AUGAUAUUUGAUGGCAAAAUCUUAGAUUCCCUCAAAUCUAUUGAUUUAAGUUUACAAACAAUAUUUCAGGCAGCUCCCCUUAAUAUCAAAGAAGAUACGGAAAAAGAUAAAUUACUAGUGGUUCAAAAACAACUACAGAGGAUUAGAGAGAUUGUUUUACCGAUUACUAAGAAGAUACAACAGGACUCUCAAUUGAAAAAAACUACAAUAUUGAAAAUAAAUUAUGAUGAAAUUAUUACAAUAUUGAAACAAUUACCAUUUGCAGAUGGAAAAUCAACCCUCUCCGAUUCAAUUACUGACAAGAUUUACAGUUAUAUCAUGGUGCUCUACUUCUACACGAUUGUUAAUGAGUCGUUAAUAAGAUUGUCUAAUGGAUAUGAGACACAACGAUACUACAAUAACGUCAAGAACUCACUUAGCAGCACACUACUGUACGGGUUACAGACCACUCCUCAAAGGGGGUUCCAAUUUGUUAGACGGAUUUUCCCCAUGCUAAGAGAAAAGGGUAAAAACUUGGAAGAUCUCAUGGAUGAUUUAAGACCUGGGCUAAAUCGGUUAUUUAUGAUUAAACAGUAUCAAUUUGUUGGAUUGGUACCAAAUUAUAAAGUUUUUUUCCAGUUACCUCAAUCCAUUAUUAAUCAAGAUAUAACUAACCAUAUUGAUGAUUCAGGUGUUUUAUUAAAGGCGUGGACAACUAAGUUUGGAGAACUUGUUACAAAUAUUGAACCAAACCCGAACGCAACUAUAGAGCGUAAAAUGGCACCCUUUAAAAAGUUUUUCCAAUUUGUUUCGUCACCAAGUGAUGUCCACAAUGAUAUGAUCCAAUUAGCUCAAUUGACAAAAGAAUACCAAACAGAAAUGCACCCCUUGGCGCAGUUACGAAAACCAAACCGAUUAACAAGAUAUUGGCCCACUAUGUUAUUAACAUUAUUAUAUGGACCCAGUUCAAUUAUGCUAUUAUGGAAUUCCCGAAUGGAUAUACUGAGAUUUGUGAAGGAAAACCUUUUUGAAUUCAUGGAAGGGUUAGUAAUAAAUUGGUGUUGGGUACCCAUGAAAAACAUUUGGGCUACUGUGAAGCAUGAUGACUCCAGUUCUAUUGCUGUGAUGUCCCAUGGAACUUUAGAUUCAGAUAUGAAUUCCCUCACAAGAAUGAUUGUCAGCUUUGUCCUUGAGAAUUCCUCCUCCUCCUCCACAGUGGAUAAUCAGCUAUUGGUUCAACAAGUGGAGCAUGGAGACUUGACGCAAUUUAUGGAAAUCUAUGAGAAUCAAUUACAUCACCCAAUGAAGAAUAUUAUCAGUGGUGGACUAGUCCGAUCCUUGCUGAUUCAAUUACAAAAGACUAAAGUGGAUGGGUCAUUGGCAUUGAAUGGUAUUGAUAAGAUGCUGAAAUCGCAACAAUUGGUGUUUAGUGUGGUGGCGAUGUCACCUGCAGUAUUAAUCAUCUAUGUAUUGGGAUCUAGUGCCUGGAAGUUAAUUAAAUUGGGCACCCUUUGGUCGAGAUUGAGUCAAUGCAAAGACGCUCUGAGUAUUAGUAUGAAUAAUGUGGAAAGGAUAUUAAAUUAUUUUGAUAAAGAGGAAUGUUACACCGUUAAUAUCGAUUAUCAUAGUGAAAUUUUAUUAAAUCAAGGAUUGCUAUCCAUGGAGAUUUCCAAUAUGCAAAAUCUGGGUAGAUUGAUUGUUCCUGGAUCCAGACGAAAUGAAUGGAAUAGGGAUGUGGAAGAAUUAAUGGAUAUGUCACUUGGUAAGAAUGGUAGACUAAAUGUGAUAACGAGAAUUCAUAAUGUGUAUGACAAAUACAUUUUAUGA